CAAUGAUCCUGUUCGUUGUUUUAGCCAGUUGUACUCAUUUAAUAAACGGAAAUCAAAAUAUAUCCUACAAUAAUUUAGCAAACCUAGUUUCUCAACUCGAUUUAAUUAAUAAAGAAAAACCAGAAAUCAAAGUACUCAAUUCUUUGGUUAAUGAAAUCAUCAACAAGUAUUUGAUCAGUUGUCAUAUUAAUAUAAUUUUUGACGACCUAUUUGAUACUGAUUUGUAUUACAAGGAUGUCUUGCAAAUAAUAUUGACGUCGUUUAAUUCAAUAUCGUACAAGAUCUUUCAUAUUUAUGAAUAUUCUUCAAAAAAUACCAUAGCUUUGGAGUCUAGAUGUGUAAACUAUUUGAUAUUUUGUCAAGAUCCUGAAAUCACUGCAACUAAGUUUGGCCACAUGGUUGACAGUAGAGUAUUCAUAGUGACAAUUGGAUCUAAAUGGCAAAUACAAGAAUUUUUUAAAAGCCAAGCAUCACAAAAUAUUAUGAACUUAUUGAUUGCCUCCGCCGGACCAGCCUUACAGGAAAAAAACAAAAAUGAAGUAGCUGAUAUCAAAUUAUAUACUCACGAAAUGUACAUAGAUGGUUUAGGAAGCAGUGACCAAACAAUUUUAUCCACGUGGAAACUGAAUAAAUUUACGAGACCGGAGGUUGACUUGUAUCCGGUAAAAUUGGCUAAUGGAUUUAGGGGACAUCGAUUUAUUUUGUCUGCAAUUGAAAAGCCACCAUUAGUAUUUCGAAGCAUCGACAAAGUUUUAACUCAAGAACAGUCCAUAUUGUGGGACGGGAUCGAAAUUAGAUUGUUACAAUUAAUCGCGGGAAUAUUGAAUUUCACGUUGGAAAUACACGAUGCAACUCUUUCAAAAUCCAGGGACGAAGCUGAUGAUCGUAUCAUUGGAGACCUAGUAACUUCCAAAGCUGAACUUGGAAUUUCAGGUUUAUACAUAACCAACGCUCGUUAUUCAAUGGUCGAUUUUUCACCUGUUAUCAUGCAAGAUUGUGGGACAUUCAUGUCUUUGGGAUCAUUUGCUUUGUCCAAGUACAGAGCGAUAUUUGGUCCAUUUCAUUGGAGCAUUUGGGUUAUGGUAGUGAUCACUUAUAUGGCGGCUAUAUUUCCCAUAGCGUUCACGAAUAACCGCAAUGUGAAGACGCUGUGCAAGAGUCCCAAACAACUGGAAAGCAUGUGUUGUUACAUGUUCGGGACGUACACGAAUCUGUUUACAUUUAAGGGCGUCAAGUCUUGGACCAAUACGAAAAUGGGAUCAACCAGACUCUUUAUUGGAACGUAUUGGAUUUUUACGAUCAUCAUUACGACAGCCUACACUAGUUCGAUAAUAGCAUUCAUAACAUUACCAGCACAACCUGUGAUAGUAGAUUCAUCAUACCAAUUGAUAGAUCAACGCUACAGAGUUAUGACCUUAGAUAAGGGUGGUUGGCAAUAUUAUCUAAAUGUUACCAAUGAUACAAUGUCGAAAAGGCUAAUGUCAAAUAUAAAGCUUAUGAAUAAUUUAGAAGAUGCAAUAGAUUACAUUGUCAAAACCAGGUUCAUAUUAGACUAUGCUUUUCUGGGUUCUAAAAUUUCACUCACUUAUUUAUACCAAAAUAACUACAUACAGAAGUACAAAAACAAGAAAAUAUUCCUUCAUGUUGCUUCGGAGUGUUAUGUUCCAUUUAAUAUUGGUAUAGCUUAUAAAAAAAAUUUUUUAUUUCGUAAUAUAUUUAGUAAUUUCAUACUUCGAGCACAACAAAGUGGAUUAAUAACCAAAAUAAUUAAAGAUAUUGAGUGGGAAAUCACACAAAAGUCUGGAGUUAGAAAUCCGAACUUAAUAAUUGCCCCCGAAGACCGUCAACUUGCAUUGGAUGAUGUACAAGGCAUGUUUGUACUAUUGGGCGGAGGCAUAUUGCUAGCUGCUUUUACAUUGAUUAUUGAGUUUGUGAAGCGCAAAAGAGAAAAGAAAAAAAUUCCUCGAAUCAAAAUUAAAAAUCAUAUGAAGAAAAAAAAACAACGUUCUAAAUCCUUAACUGUCACAGAAAAUGUUAUAGCUGAACCUAUUAGAUCAUUAACUGCAUUUUAAAAUGACUUGUAA